UUUGAACAUUUGUUUAUUUUAGAUUUUUGCAGCAAAUUUGAUAUUUGACAGGGUUUUGCUGUUUCAGUUAAUUAUUAUGAUAAUCUUGAUAGCGGUAUAAUUAUUAUGCAUCCAAUAGCUAUUCGUGUUUUAUACUUAAUUAAUUUUCCAUUGCCUAAAAAUGAAUCGCAAUGGUUUUUAAAGAGAAUAGAUUAUUAUGAUAAUCUUAAUAGCGUUAUAUACUAUGCAUCCGAUAGCUAUAUUUGUUCUUUACUGAUUUUGCUUCUCCAUUGCCUAAAAUAGGAUUGCAAAGUUUUUCAAAAAAUACCCUGACAUUAUUUUUAAAUCUGAGAAAAUUAUAUCAUCCAGACAAUAUUUCUACAGGUAAUGCAAUUUUUAUGUCGGGUAUGGAAAUUGUCUUUGUCGGAUUGAUUUUCUUUUUAAAUCUUCGCGAUCGUUGAUAUAGUAUUUUCGUAGAAUAUGAUGUGUUAAUAUCGUGUAAAUAUCGUGUGAAUAGACUUAUGCUUUGUACUCUGUAUUUCAAACUAUAAGGCGUUUGUAUCCAUUUGAUCAAACAGAUGCUUAUUACUGUGAAAACAGCAUUUGAAGAUGUAGAAAAUGGAUCGCUUAAAGAGGGAGGUUACUACUUCGAACUCACCACUCCUUACUCUCGAUACACGUCGGGAUGCUACCCUGAACAGGAGAAAUAUGGUUUCUUUCCGAGACUGGAUGCUGUCUUGAAAUAUAUUAUCGCGAUUACAUCUCUGAUCAGAAAGUUAAUGGAAGUUGAAUGGCUGCAUCCUCCCGGUUCGAAAAAGAAGAUACCUAGACGAAGGAAUAUGUCCUGCAUUAGACUCCCGAUCCGGAUUAUUCUGGUAGUUUCUGUCCUUACGGGGCAGACAGAGGCAUCUCCAAUCGCCACAGAGGAACAGCCCUUGACACUGACAGCAGGAAGAAACGGGAUUAUUCCGUUUACCUGCAGGAACGAACAGCAGUCUCCGCUCAAGUUCUACAAGAUCAAGUUCGAGGAGAAAGAUCGCCCAUUUUACUCCAAAGGAUCUUUCGACCUAGAUGGACUUAUGUCACCCGAUCAGGCCGAAAGAUUUAGAGUGGAGCAUUUUGAAGAGGGUAGUUCUAUGUCCGUCGAAAUCAACGUUGCAUCCGUGUCCAUCGAAGAUCAGGGGACCUACAUUGUUGUCCUCUUUAUCCAAGGGGAGACACAUUAUCAUUUAAUGAAAAGAAUUGUUCUAAUAUUUAUCCCUCCCAGUCCAGCAGUUUGCUUUUUAAUGCCCAGUGAAACAGAAAUAACGUACGAGGUACACUGUCAUUCCAAACCUGGAAAUGGCAAUUCAACCCUCACUUGCUUUCAAAAUGAUAACAAAAUACCGUAUCAAAGCCCUAGCGCUCAUACACAAAUAGUAUAUAGCCGAGUAUUUUGGCUCAUGGAUACAGAUAUCCCUGUGUCUUGUUGUUCUCAUGAUAUCAAGGAAAUAAAAACUAUUACCCAAACGUCAUGUGACCAAUAUAGACAUCCCUGGAUCGAACCAGCAAAUAGUCCAGUCCCGCCAGUCCAUGAGAUUCAUACUAAAAUGGCACCGAACAUGGAAGAGAAAAAUAGUCAGCCUUCCUCUGAAAGUACUUCAUAUUCUGGAUGUGGUCAGAGUUUUGACCGGCCUACCGUUAUGCUCCCUAUAAUGGCGCUUUUUGCAUACGUGUGCCUAUCCAAUCCUUAAUUCAAUUUAAUUCACUUCUUUUUAAUAAGAGUACUUAAAGCCCAUAGGCGGAUUAGUGGGGCCCCUCCCUCAGUGCUUUUUAAGAGCAAAAAGUAAAAAAUACAAAUAAAUGAUAAGAAUAAUAAUUAUUAAAAAAUCCAACCCCUUUUCCCCACUGAGACAGUAUGGGAGGCCUGGAUGGGAUUCGAUAUUUUUUCCCGGGAUUUGAUCAUUUUGAUUGACUUCCGCCAUUUUCAUUUCAAUUUUUGUAUCAUUUGAUGGUGUCUGUAAUGUAACAAAACUAAACGAAUCUUUCCUAUGAAUUGAAAAUGAAGACACUGAAACAAACUUUUUCAUUAGGUAUGAUCUUUCUACUUCCCUUUUACUUGUACUACAAACAAUUCAUGGAAAUAUAUAAAUCGAUCUAUACGGUAACCUUAUGAUAAAUUAUGUACAUACAAAUUGUAAAGAAGUUGGAAUCCUACUAGUAAGUAAGCAUAGAUACUAAAGAAUGAACUGUAAUGUAUUACUGGAGACGUUUACGCGAGCGCCGAUGAAUGCGGUAUUCUGCGUAUGCAUUGCAUAUACAACAUCACUUCAAAAUAAAUGCAGUCAAGUUCUUUUUAUCAUUAUAUUUGGUACAUCCUUUACUCUGGUGUUUGUGUUUUCCAUAAUCACUUACAGUAAACAUAUUUUAGUCAAGCUAUAUAUAUAUAUAUUUUGCAUAAUCGUGCGUUUAGACAAAGAAUGAUAUGAAGAAAAAAAACAUAUUAAAAGGUGACCUGCAAAAUGAUAAAUAACGGUUACUGGUAUAUUUUGUUGAAUGUAGUGCCACAUUUAAAGUAUAAAGAAUGCAAUAGGCGUAUUAAACAACAGUAACUAUUCUCAAAACGAUGUGGUUAAAGAGAAAGUUGAGUUCUGUGAAAGGUGAAAAAUAAUUUGUGAGCGUUUUCACUCUUUUUAUGUUGUGUGAAAGGGUAUCAUGUCCCCAGGCUGUUCAGGAUGGCUCUUCAAAUGCCCUCAUAUUCAAAAUAUGACAUGAAAUCGCUGAACUGUUGUGGGCCAAAUCACAUAUCACAUUUUUGUGUAGUCCCAUAUACAUGUUUCUGUGUAAAAACGAAUUAAUAUCAUUUUGGUGACUGCAACCCUCUAGGUUGUAUAACAAUACGUAUGUGCUACAUGAUCUACCUUUUCCAAUCGCUUCCACACAAUUUCUUUUACAAUGCAAUCACAUUACCAGAACUCAACUAUAUCUUUAAGCAAAUAUAAUCACGAUACUAUUCAACUAUUCGAAUGCAUUUGUGUCAUAUAAAUACUAAUACUUUUACCCUACUUAUAUACAUUACUAGUAUACUUUUCUCUAUGACUUCGUUUGAAAUAAUUUCAUGUAUCGUUGCCUAAUACAAAAUUGCUUGUAACAUUAAACAAACCUGUACAUAUAUUGAAAUGUUCAAUUAUUGGAUGUUUAGAGUAGGGGGACACAGUAUACAUCGCUCAUUGUCCCUGCCCUAUAAAAUGUUUUGUAUUUAUAAACCUUUAUGCACGUAUUAAGAAAAUGAUAUUUUCAUUGAUUCACAAGGUAAAAUUAUUGUCCCGUAAAUCACAUUUAAAACUUUGUAUAUUCAAAGUAAAAAUGCAGUUGUUUCUUUAAAUGUUGACCAAAUCAUAUCGGCUAGAAGUUACGCCUUAAAUGUAAAGAUUUCAGAAAUACCUUUACAAUCAAAACCAGACGCAACAUGAAGGGUCAAUGAAAUAGACAGAUAAAGAUUCAUCGACACUUUUGGACCGGUUUGUGCAUUGUGUUUUCUUUUCUUUUAUCGCAGCCAAGUGAUAAUCAUGAUCAUAUUGAAGGGUUUCAGUUGUAAAAUGUUGACCUCAUGAACGAUAUUGAAUUAUUAAUUUAAACACCAUCAAGACUUUGAAUUACUAUUAUCGUAUCCUAUUAUUAAUCAAAUUUCUGGUAGUUGUUCUUCAAAGAAUCUUGCAACAAUAUAUAGCAUGUAUAGCAAGAAAAGGGAGAGAGAGGCGAUAUUCAAAUGUGCUCGAAAAAAGCUAGUUAAGUAGUAAAAAUUAAAAAUUAUAAAUCAUGAUUUCUCUUUGUCUAUUUACUCAGUAAUUUCAUUGUCAUUAAAUUGUAUAAACAAAUAGCUAUUAUUAUAUUUUCAUGAAAAAAAUAUAAAAAAAUGUUAAUAGAUAAUUGUAAUUAAGAGAACACAGCCCCCUACCACGCACAAGCUAAACACAUUUGGCAGCUUGCCAUGUUAAUUUUUGUAUUACUCAUGUUGAAUAUGAACAAUAAAGUAUUGAUGCUUCAAUGACCUGGGAGUUCCAAAUUGGCGGCCAUUGUUAAUGUCAAUAUA